CUGUUCCUCCGCCAUGGACCCGCAGACCCGAGUAUUUGCCACCGUUUUACCGACUCCAGACUCUGGGAUGAAGGACAAACGGCUGGAGACAGACCGGCGGACACCCCACGUCCCUCCGCGGCCCAGAGAGCUCCAGGUGACGGGCACUGCGGAGCUGUGUGCCCCGGCGGACCGAGCCUCUGUGCGGGUCUGUGUGAGCAGCAGCAAAGAGUCUGUGAACGAGGCGACAAACAGCGUUUCACGGAGACUUGAUUAUAUUUUACAAUGUGUUAGGACACAUGGAAUCAAUACCGAAGACGUAUUGACGCGCACGUUCCUCCACAGAGAAGAGGAGCAGUAUCACAUGAACGCAGAGGUGGCUGUGACGUUUUCUGACUUUGCAAAGAUGGAGCUGGUUUGUAGACUGCUGCUGGAGAAACUAGAUAAGAGUGUCAUCAUUGGGUUACCUCGAUACUUCCACAGCCCUGAAUGUCUCAGUCAGCUCAGGAGACGUGUUUGUGCGUCUGCUGUGGACAACGCCAAACAGAAGGCCAGCGAUAUCAGUCAGCUCCUGGGGCAGACGCUCGGAUCGCCUCAGCUGAUCGUGGAAGAGGAGAUUAGAGAAGUCCACAGCGAAGACGAUGGAAGUGAACACAGACCUUUAACAGCUCUGCCCUGUAUUCCCUCAAUCACCGCUUUUUCACGCGUGUCCAUCACUUUUGGCAUUAAAGACAGAAUUGGAAAGCAGCUGUAA